GGAGAAAGAGUAAAGAACACAAAAAUAUUUUUGAACUGCUCGCCUCCACUCGUGUCGAAAGCGCAUGCGCCGGACAUGACUCCAAGAUGGCGGACGGAGUAGACGAGGAGGAUGAAGUAUUUGAAAUAACAGAUUUUACGACGUCUUCUGAAUGGGAAAGGUUUGCGGCUAGACUGGAGCAACUUCUUGUUGAAUGGAAAUUGGAUGGCACAAACAAGAGAACAUCUUCAAAAGGGAAAGGAAUAUUUGGGAAUUUUGAAAAGAGUAAAUUGAAUCCUAUUCCAAGUAAAAAGGAUGAUACAGAGAUUUUGAAGAUGGUUUACCAGAUGCAAUGAUGGAAAUGUUUGAUAUGGAAUUUGAUUUUCCACCCAGAACCCACUGUCUCAGCAGGUGGUAUGGCUUGAAGGAAUUUCUUGUCAUCAGCCCAGCUGAGGAGGCUGAGGUUGUGGACAAUGAAUCCAAGUGUCAUCUUCUUCUUAGUUCCAUUGGGAUUGCUGCUACCAACUCUAAAUGUACAAUUCCCAUGUUUGCCCAUGUUCGUCAACGAUGGAGAAAAAUUUACUAUGGUCUCUGCAUUGGUGGUGGAUUCCGCACAGUGUAUGAGAUAGCUCACUUGCGUCAUGUUCCAAUGCAGUACAGACAUCUAGCAGGACUUCUGGAAAUCUUCAAAGACAAAUUGGCAUGCCCUAUUUCUCCAAUGCCACCCGUCACAUUAACUGUUCGCUUUACAUAUGUUCUGGAUGAAUGGACAGAUUACUCUUGGCCUCAGGAGCCACCUGAUCUGUCGUCAUGUUUGGAAUGUAAAGUUGGAGUAAACGACCUUGGAACUUUGCCUUUUGGCGCAUGUCAGGAUCCAAUCAGGGAGCUUCAUCUUUCAACAACAUGGCCUUGUCUCUCUGAAGAAGUCAUUGUUGAUAAUUCUGUUUACUCUGAUCUGGACCCUUGUCAUGCUCCACAAUGGUGUGUCAGAGCAAGAAUGAACGACAACCCUCAGUGUUUGUUAGGUGAAUAUCUCGGAGGUUACUUGACACUUUGUCAUCGACAAGAGUCUACAAUGCAGCUGCUGAACAAGACUGUUAUGGACUCUGACAGUGACGUAGCAGACAUCACGCAUGCGCUACAGAGACUCACAGAGGCGCCGCACAUGGCUUCAUUAUCAACAGCUGUAUCCAGAGCAACGUCGCGAAUAUCCGCCAUGAGUGAACGAAGCUCUGAAGAGUUUCCUAUCCCUGGUCCAUUGCUGCACGAAAUACUCAAGCACCUAUUUCCUGAUGCAGAUAGAGAUUUAGACGAGUUAGAGACUGAACAACAGGAGCUGAUGUUUAAUAAAAUGGAAGGUAGCAAGGAUGCUGAAAAACCACAGGGAUCCCAGGUUUAAGAGCUGUGGCACAUUUAUGGCAAGAGUUUGUCUUGGAAAUGAGAUACAGAUGGGAAAACGACAUAUUUAUUCCCAGGCUUAAACUUCAGUCACCCAAUCUUGGAAACUGUCUGAUACAUCAAAAGCUACAGAUGCUAAACUGCUGCAUCGAGAGGAAAAGAGUCUCCAAGAUUCGCGCUGCCAGUGUUCAGUUUUGCGCUAACGUUGGAAAAAACUCUGAGACGAGAACUAGUAAAACUGAGGAUACAAGUUCAGACAAUUUACGAAAAAGAAAUUCCGACUCUCCAACGGAAAGAAUAGAAAUGCAAUCGAGUGUCUCUGACGAUGAAGAAUUUUUUGAAGCUGUUGAAAGUCAAGAAGAGCCUGACGACGAGAUUGAAAAUAAUUCUACAGAACGGAAAAAUAUAAAAAGAACAGAUACAGACUUAAGUAGUGAUACUACUACAAAUGAUAAAUCGUCUUCUUGUAAAAGAGAAGGAGCGAAGGAACCAUUUGGUGAAUUAAAACUUCUUGUUUCUGGUGAACCUUUGUUGGUACCGUUUACUCAGGAACCACCACCAAUGACAGAAGACAUGCUGGAGGAACAAGCUGAAAUUCUGACACAAUUGGGGACCUCUGAGGAAGGAGCUCGUGUUAGGGCUCAAAUGCAGUGUGCAUCUCUGCUCUCUGAUAUGGAGGCUUUUAAGCGGUUAGCAGCGAAGACUCGUCGGAGGAGGGCUGGGACACAGAAGACAUCGUGAUACUAGAUGGGGAUAUUCUUACUACAGAAACAAGCAACGCUAAGAUUCUUAUGGAUGAAGCGAAAGCUGGAAAAGUGGAAGAGUUGCAACCUCCAUGCAAGUGGCGAGAGGAGGGGCACCUCAGCUUGCGUAUGCGUAUUCCGGGUAACAUGUGGGUGGAGGUAUGGCAGAGUGCUCGUCCGGUUCCAGUCCGCAGGCAGAAGCGACUUUUUGAUGAAACAAAGGAAGCUGAGAAGGAAUUUGUCAAACAGUUGCAGUUGUCAGAACUCGCCAUCACUCGUGCCCACUCCCUGCGAUUUAAAUUUCGUGACGCGCUGUCGGAACAAGAUAGGUAUCAUGGAGACAAGGACGUGGAACAGUUCCUUUCGGCUUUGACAGAGAAACCUGAAGUAGCUGUAAUUGGCGCAGGAAGAGGCCCCGCUGGAAGAGUUAUUCACAGAUUGUUCGCCAAACAAGAGACCGCGAGAAUGCAGUUUGCUGUGGACGAAGAUACCUCUUCAAAUCUUUCGCGGCAACCAGCCCCACCAGCUCAAGACUUCCCACCCCCCACCGGUCGGGAGUACAUUUUGAGAACAACAAUUCCCCGUCCCCGCCCCUCGUCUCGCCCAUGUCCUCAAAGAAUGUACUGUGUACUGACCAAUGACGAUUUCAGACUUGCGGGUGCAUUUACUGAUGACGUCAUAUUUCAAUGACGAAGAAUUUUCUUAAUCCGAAAUCAAUGAACAAUUCUGCUCCCUUAAAAUCUAUUUUGCAAGAAUAACAGCAGAUUUUUGUAAACCUCAAACGGCACGCUCUCAACGCUUGAGGCCACUUAUCAAGAUAUGAAUUCCACAACAGUUUAAAUAUUUCCCGGCUGUCGUAGGUAGAGCUUGAUUCAGUUAGCGAACUUGCCCCCGAUAAGUUUUAACAGUUUUUACGGCGAUGACUCUUUCCCAGUGAGAAGAAAAUAGAUAUUUUAUUGGGAGACAAUUUAAAAUCAAAAGUAACAAGAAUAAAAUGUUAUUGAGAGUGUUUUGUGUUUCAAUUUCGAUUUUCUAACUCUGCUGCUUCAGAUAACACAUCAACAAAACAUUAAGCGGUUACGACUCUGAGUUUCCUAAGUUGGUUUCUCAGAUCCUUGCAGAGAGAAUUUAUUCAUGACGGGUGAUUUUCUGCCAUGGCAGUAAAUUCAAAUGAGCAUGCGUAUAAAAAGUAAGAAGGUUGGUGUUGAGCUGAAUGAUUGGCCAAGCAAAACUGUGGGAAAUCGUGCGCGUGUCACGACGGCGCACGCGGGGAAUGAUGGGAUUGCUAUGGACUGAUACAGCUUGUAAGAACAUAUUCAAAGAUGGCUGACAACUUCAAGUG